UCCACGGACUAUUAUUCGGUCAAUGAUAUGCGCCCGGACGGACAAGUGUUGGAGAGAUAAGCAAAGCCCCGCUGCUCUGCGGUAUUGGCCCGUACCUCUCACUCACACACACUCUCAUUAUCACUGGAAAAGAUAGAAGCAAUGAGAGAGCUUAGGUAGGUUACUGCUACGUAGUAGUUAUUCCGCCCACCAACGGAAAACGGACUGGGAUUGGUCAAGUGAGGUAGGGUUGGUUUGAUAGGUGACUGCGAGAAGUCUCGUUAGCAACUAGCCCAUCUUGCUCAUGUUCUAACGCCAAUCUACGAUUGAUCUAUAUUUUAUAUUCCUAUAUAUAUUACCUUAGGAUCACCCGUGCCACCCUUCCCAACACCUUUCGAUUGAUCUUACGUUUUGGUGUUCAACAAAACACACACACACGCAGACUUAAUUAGUCGUCGUCAAUCCUUUUGUGUCGUGUCUGUUCAAUCCUUUUUUUGUUCACUUAUUUCGUAAGCUUCAUCACCGUCGGGAAUAACGUCGAUCGAGAAGGAACAAAAAAAGAAGAGAGGAAAAAAUAGAACCAACCACCGCCAUGGAGAAAGGCUUGGUCCACAGGUCGGCGGCAUCGUCGCCGGCCGGGGACAAGGACACGAUAGCGUUCAGCGACUUGGACCUAGGCCAUUCGCACGUCCGCGGUAUCGAAACUUCCGCCGAGACGUCGCUGCGCCGUGGUUUGAAGGCUCGCCACAUUACUAUGAUCGCCAUCGGUGGUGCUAUCGGAACAGGUCUCAUCAUCGGUACUGGUAAAGCGCUCGCGCAAGCUGGACCCGGUUCUAUCUUCAUCUCGUACUCACUUGUCGGUUUCGUCGUUUUUCUCGUCAUGGCUGCUCUUGGCGAGAUGGCUGCUUGGCUCCCCAUGUCUGCUGGUUUCACUGGUUACGCUUCUCGGUUCUGCGACCCUUCGCUUGGUUUCGCGCUUGGUUGGACUUAUUGGAUCAAAUACAUUAUCGUCACGCCAAAUCAGCUUACGGCUGCCGCACUGGUCAUCCAGUUUUGGCUGCCCCGAGACAAAGUGAAUCCAGGAGUAUGGAUCGCCAUAUUCCUCGUUCUCAUUCUUUGCAUCAACUAUUUCGGUAUUCAGUUCUUUGGUGAAUUCGAGUUUUGGCUGUCCAGUUUCAAGGUCGUCGUCAUCGUCGGCGUCAUCCUCCUAGCUCUCAUCAUCGCGUGCGGCGGUGCUGAUGGUGACCCGAAGGGCUUCCGAUACUGGGAUUCUCCUGGUGCUUUCCGCCCCUAUAUCGCUACUGAAUCUUGGGGCCAAUUUCUCGGAUUUUGGUCGACUAUGGUCACCGCUACAUUCGCUUACUUGGGUACGGAAUUGGUCGGUGUGACGGUGGGAGAAGCCCAGAACCCGCGCAAGACCAUCCCCAUUGCUAUCAGACUUACCUUUUACCGUAUCGUUCUCUUUUACUGCAUUAGCAUCCUCCUAAUCGGCAUGUGUGUGCCAUAUGACUCGGACCUCCUUGCUUUCGCCAACGACUCGUCCGGCAACGCCAAUGCCUCCCCCUUCGUCGUCGCAAUCCGUCUCGCCCACAUCCCCGCGCUCGACCACAUUCUAAACGCCUGCAUCCUGCUAUUCGUAUUUUCGGCCGCGAACUCCGAUCUAUACAUUGCCAGCCGAACACUCUACGGUCUAUCCUCGGAUGGCGCUGCCCCGUCUAUCUUCCGUAAGACUAACGGCAACGGUGUUCCCCUGUACUCUCUCGGAACCUCAGCGGCUUUCGCGCUCCUUGCCUUUCUCAACGUCAAGGAUGACUCGAAGCAGGUGUUUACAUACUUCGUCAACCUUACUACCAUCUUCGGUCUUAUGACAUGGAUCUCUAUCUUGGUUACGCACAUCUGGUUUGUCCGUGCGAGACGCGCACAGAACCUUGAAGACCACGCUAUGCCGUACGUUGCACCGCUAGGUAUUUGGGGAUCUUACGGCGCGCUAUUCAUGUGCUGCCUUAUUGCAUUGACCAAGAACUACGACGUAUUCGUGGGCGACUGGAGCAAGAAGUACCCUACCUUCAUUACAGGUUACCUAGGUAUUCCCAUCUACCUUAUUCUUAUCUUCGGCCACAAGAUCUGGACCAAGAGCAAAGGCGUACGCCCGCACGAGUGCGACUUCUACACGGGCAAGGACAUCAUCGACCGUGAAGAAGAGGAAUUCCUCGCAGCUCAGGCCGCCAAGCGCGAAGCUGAGCCCGAGAAGAGGGGUGCCGCGUUCUACAGAAGAUUCGUAUCGUGGUUGUUCUAGACUCGUGGUUACGGUGCUACGAUGUUUGGUUAUGUGGGACGUGAAGACGAGGAGGAACGAAAUGUAUAUUGGUUUGCUACACAUGCGCACAUAGUCUACAUGCACGCAUACCACACUCAUAAAGAUACCUAUACUUUUUUGUUUGUACAUAAUCCUGGAAGGUAAAGCGUUGAUUUGGCAAUGCGCAUACGCGCUACGGGUCUAAUGAAGGAAAAAUUCUAUAAAAUUAUUAACAUUAUUAUUUUUGUAUAUUCUCU